GCGGGUUCCCAAGGCUUCCCGCUGGGCCCCUUCUGUGACCUUUCCCCGAGACGCCCCCCUCGUGUAUGUCAUGGCCUGCUGACGUCUGUCUCUACUGCCGCACACCGCAGAUCCACUUUUUCGCCAGCGGCAAUCGCGAUGCCACUGCACAUGCUGCAAUGCUGAGCGCCACAGUCCCCCGCCAGCGUGUCCUGAGGCGGCCCAGGGGGUCUUUGGCCAGUGUGUGGGGACGACGACGCCUGGGAACUCGCCAGGAGGAAGAUCUCGAGUCUGUGGCCAGGGCCAGGGCGGUGUGGACCGCCACGACUCAGCGCGCUGCCGCCGCGACCCUCACCAGGACGAUGGGACGAAGAAACGAAACAAAAACACGUGUACAGUGUACAGCUUGCUUAAGCCAUAGCGCGGGUUAUGUGGGCGGGGGCCGCCCCUCGCGGUCGCAGCAGUGCACGCGUUGCGUGCUCGCACCCGGACGUGUUCAUAGUUAUUAUUGUUGUUGUUGUGUGCUGACUGCAACUGGAGGCGGUGGUGGUUUUGUAUACCCGUCAAUGUUGUACACUGAUUAGUUCUGGGGGUGGUGUUGUGGACCGAUUGGUACUGGAUCAUCGCAGCAGUGCUGGUAACUAACUAGUACCGGAGGCGGCGGCUACCGAUGAAACUCGUUCCGUGUUGUGGCACUGCGCUCUCGUGACAGCCGUGGUUUCAGUACUGUAGUAGUAUUAGUGGGGGUGGUGGGUGAGCGAGGCUGUUUCCGCGAGUGACAUUUGACGUUUGGUGGCCGCUGAGAGCUGUUGAACUCGAGGUGAAGAGAGAGAGGAUCUCCUCAUUCCACUCGUCACCCCUUCUUCACACACGACGGGUCCUUGCCAUGGACAUGGAGGAUGACGAAGCGAUGCUCUCGGUUGACGACGACGUCGCCCGGUUUCCCGAGUCGGAGCUGAGCGUGAACACAGUGGGGAGGAGGAGCUUCUGGCCACAGGGGAGGAGGGAGAAGGGGCUGCUCGUGACGGUGCUCGUGCUCACCCUCACGCUGCUAUGCUGCGUCGUCACCCUCGUCGUGCAGAACCAGCUGCCAGUCCCAGAGAAGCCCAAGAAGCCCGGUGUGUGCAUGACGCGGGAGUGCGUGCACAUCACCAACCGAGUGCUGAACUCCCUCGACCUCUCUGCGGACCCCUGCAACGACUUCUACUCCUACGCUUGCGGAGGCUGGAUCGAUAUGAACCCCUUGCCCAACGGUCAAGCCUCCUCGAACCCCAUGGAUAUCUUGGAGCGCGGGAACCUGCAGCGACUAAAGGGCGUCCUCGAGACCAACGGAACGAAAGAGAGCCAGUCGGAGCAGAAAUCGCAGCGCUUCUAUCAGUCCUGCAUGGAUAUGGACGCGAUAGAGAAAGCCGGGGCCCAGCCACUAGUGGAUGUCAUUGAGAAGCUUGGCGGCUGGAACAUCUCGGGCCGGUGGAACCGCAGCAUAAACCUGCAGAACGUCUUGCAGGAUGUGACGAAGAACUUCACCUUGGGAUGUUUGUUCGAGCUGAGUAUCGACGACAACCCCGUGGACUCCCAGAGGGUCUCCUUGCAGCUGGCUCAGCCCAAUCUUGUUUUGCCAUCAAGGGAUUACUACUUCAACAACACCGAGGAGAACAUCAAGAUCCAAGAGGCCUACCUGGAGUACAUGCAGGACCUCUCCCUGCUCUUGGGUGGCGAGGAGAACGCCACGCGCCACGCAAUGCGGGACGUGCUGGAGUUCGAAAAGCAGCUCGCGGUCAUCUCCACACCCAACAGUGCCAUGCGGGUCAUGAACAUCAGCGAUCUGCAGAACCUGUCGCCCUUCAUCGACUGGUUGGCCUACCUGAAGGUCGUUUUCUACCCGUUCAUGAUGGAACCAUCGGACACCAUUGUCGUGUUUUCUGAGAACUACUUUCAAAAGAUCACAGCUCUCUGCAAACGCACGCCGCUCGAGGUGCUCAACAACUACGUGGUGUGGCGCGUCGUGCAGAAGCUGAUUCCAAGUCUAGGCAACCAAUUCGAGACUGUAAGGAACAAGCUAAAGGAUGUCAUCUUUGGAACAGAGAAGGGUGGAUUUGUCCCUCGGUGGCAGAAGUGCGUUUUAGAGACGGACAGAGUCAUCGGCAUGGGCCUUGGAGCCCUGUAUGUGAAGCGCUACUUUGACGUGCAUCAAACGAUACAGGUGGAAAAAAUGAUUGAAUCCACGCGAUUGGCGUUCAACAAGAACCUGGAUACCCUGAGCUGGAUGGACAAUGUCACCAGGAGUGCAGCUUUGGAGAAGUCCAACUCCAUGAGAGAUAAAGUCGGAUAUUCACAUCCUUUGCUGGACGAUGCUGCGAAAUUGGACAGCAUAUACAUCAAGCUGAACCUUGUGAAUGGCAGCUAUUUCCAGAACGUGCUGAGCAGCUACCUGUUCGAUGUGGAGGGAUGGAGGGACUUGCUUCGUUAUGGCCGCAGCACCGACACCUGGCGCGUCACGCCGCCGACUGUCAAUGCGUACUACACGCCUACAGAGAACAGCAUGGUGUUUCCCGCAGGAAUUCUGCAAGAGCCCUUCUACGACAAGGCUGCUCCCAUGUUCAUCAAUUACGGAAGCAUCGGCACAGUGAUUGGACAUGAGCUCACACACGCCUUUGAUGAUAAAGGCAGCCGCUACAACUACAAUGGCAACCUGAAAGAGUGGUGGGAGGCCGGCACGCGGAAGCAGUUUGAGGAGAAGGCCGGCUGCAUGGAGCAGCAGUACGGGGCCUACGAGGAGCAGGGGCGGCACGUGAACGGGCACCGCACCCUCGGGGAGAACAUCGCCGACAAUGGAGGCUUGCACGUCGCCUUCCAGGCCUACGAGCAGUGGGUCGAGACCAAUGGGAAGGAACAGUCGCUGCCGGCCAUGAACCUGACCAACCAGCAGCUGUUCUUCAUUGCCUUCGCCCAGACGUGGUGCUCGGUGCAGACCCCCCAGGCGCUGGAGGAGAGCUUCGUGACGGACAACCACAGCCCCCCGCGACUGCGCAUCAAGGGGGCGCUCUCCAACUCAGCCGAGUUCGCCCGGCACUUCGGCUGCAAACUGGGCUCGGCCAUGAACCCCGAGAAAAAGUGCCAGAUCUGGUGACGCGGCCCGGCCACCCGGCGCUCUCGGACGCGACAAAAGCGCCGAUCAUGGAGCCAGGGAUCUGUGGGAAGCGCAGUGGGGUUGGCGCUGCGGUUGGGUGCGGGGGAGAGGGGUGGAAGAGUUUUUGAAACAACCAAACGAAACCAGCAACACGAUUGGUUGAAGCGCCCCUUCCCCACCCUCUCCCAGUUUUACACAAUCACAUGGGUUUGCUGGAAUUUGCAUCGGCGCUUUGAGAGUUGCUACUUAAUCUAUACAGCUUUGUUCUUUUGGUCCCCAGGUCUUGCGCACACACACACACAUUUUAAAAUAUCUGACAAUUUAACACUCUCUAAGGGAUGUAUUAUUGCUAUGGUUGCUUCUAAAAUGCGAUUCCACAUUGAGGUUGGGUUACUUUUUAAAAUAAGACUUCGCUUUGUGCAAAUGUUUUGUCCGUUUUUGCUGUCACCAUUUAAAGUGAACGUUUGAUGACGGGAAGGGGGCCCAGCACCAGAUUAGAUGGCGUAGCGGCUUGGCCAGGGUCCAAAUCAAAUCAGCUGUUCUCAACCGGUGGGGCACCCCUCAGCCUUUUGGGAGGGCGGGGGGGGGGGAAGAGUGGCGCUAGGCUGUGGCCUGGUUAACGUCCAGGAAUCGUUUGAAAUUCGCAUCGAGAACGGCAACACAACGUGCGCGCACGUCGCUUCUUCCACAAACCUGGGAGGCCCCGUGAUGUUCUGCUGAAGGCCAAGCCGCAUAUGUCACACGUGUGCAGAUCACACAGUGAUGUGCACACUCGCAUGCGAGUGGAGGGCAGGGGACAAGUAGUCUUGAUAGGGGAUCGCCAUUCAAGAACGUCUGAGAACCACUGCUGUCAAUAGACAUGGCGUGUCUAAACUGCUAGUUGCGGAAUACACUCGUCAGUAGGUGGCAAUCAACCACCAGUACGCGCAGCUUCACGACGUGUAAUACACCAUCAACUCACAGCCUCUUUGCUGAGCCGUCUCCUGUACAAUGCCUUCACUUAUCUGUUGCAGGUUCAUAUCUUUUGCAAAGAAAAAAUAAUAGAUCACGACGUUUCGAUUGCCACACAAGCAAUCGUUCUCAGGUGCGAGUCGCUCACUUCACCGCCGAGCUUCCUGUGCAGUGUUAGUUGCACGUCGAGAUAUGAAAUGCAUUUACGUGGCCUCUGCACACUUUUGCAAAACGUUGCGACUCAAAGUGUUUGGGUGCUUGGCUCCUUGCAGUGGCCUCAGGGGUUACCUGUGUUUAAUUCUGGUUAAGAAACCUCACUCUGUGAGAUGAAAAGAUUAUCAGAAUGUGAGUUGAUGCACUAAUGCUGCUGCAAUGUUACGAUGAGGGGACAUUUUUAAUGUAUGGUGCAUGACGUAAAAUAAUAUGCUUGUGCAGAACUGAUUUGGGCCGGUUUUUGUUAAUUUCUGUACAUUACAAUGCACUGUAUAAUCCCAUUACAUUGACAUUGACCAAUAGAGGUAGUCGCAUUGCCAACCACUUCUCUGAGUCAUGUGAUCUCACUGAAUUUAGCCGUGAUCUCGGGGAACAUUUGGGAACAUGUAACAUCAUGAGCUCCUUGAUUAUACGUUUUAAACAUUUUAUUUCCAACGGCGUGCUAGGAGAAUGGAUCUCUGGGGCUUCAUCUUAUUGAGGGAUUUCCAGAUAAUAAAAAUGCCUUUUCGUGCUUUUGUAGCGCUCUC